ACAAUUUAAAACAUAACCUAUAGUUAAAUGCCACGUAUUAUUCAUUUGCAAUCUAUGUAUGUAGAAUGUCUCGAACACUUUUCUCUUCAUCGUGACAUUGGUUCAUGAUCAAAAUAAUAAAUAUCAUAGAAUUUAUGAUCAUUCUAAUAUAUUGAUGCAUAUAUAAAUACAAUGACUUCUACGAAACAGUUCAAACUCCUGUUUUGUGCUCUCGGCAUUUUUGUAUGUUAUUUUCAUUUUGUUUUCUUCCAAUGUUUAAUUAAUUAUUUAUUUGCCAAGACAAGUUUAUUAACAAUCAUGAAACAGGAUGAAGAUACUACUCCGAAAACUUAUUAUGCGCUUUCUGCCUUAACUUAUUUGCUUGCUAUGGUAUGUAGUAAUAUGGCAUUGCAAUUUGUUAGUUAUCCAACACAAGUUAUUGGAAAAGCUGGCAAACCGAUUCCUGUAAUGAUACUUGGUGUAUUAUUGGGAAAUAAGGUUUAUCCAGUGAGAAAAUAUUUAUUUGUCUUCUUAGUAGUCAUUGGAGUAGCUUUAUUUAUGUAUAAAGAUGUCAAUCCAUUAAAAAAGCAUUCAGAAGGACAAACAAUCAUUGGAGAAUUAUUGUUAUUACUUUCAUUAACAAUGGAUGGUUUAACUAGUGCUGUACAAGAAAGAAUGAAAUCUGAACAUAAUUCUAAAUCUGGUCAUAUGAUGUUGAAUAUGAAUGGAUGGUCUGUGAUCUUUAGUGGCAUUGUUAUUAUAGCUUCAGGAGAACUUUUGGAAUUUAUUCAAUUCUUACAUAAAUAUCCUUCUACUAUAUGGCAUAUAGCUACUUUUUCUAUAGCAGGAGCAUUUGGACAAUAUUUUAUAUUUCUUACUGUUGCAGAAUUUGGUCCAUUACCAUGUUCCAUUAUAACUACAACUAGAAAAUUCUUUACAGUUUUAGGCUCAAUACUUAUUUUUGGUAAUAGCUUGACUUCUAAACAGUGGAUGGGUACAUUAAUAGUAUUUUCAGGAUUAUUCUUAGAUUCUAUGUAUGGUAAAGAUAAAUCUCCUAGAAAAGAUACAACAAAGUAGCAAAUGAAUGCAAGCAUAUUAAUCAAACUAUUCUAAUUUAUCAAUUGAUAUGAUCUUAUAUCAUAAUGUUUGUAUAUAUAUUGUAUGUUGCAUUAUGUUGAAUUAUAUUUUACGAAUAUUAUAAAAAUACUUUAACUUUAUUUCGUUUGAUAUCAGUGUACGAUUAAACAUACGUAUUUAAGAACAAAGAAAAAGUGAUAGAUUAUAUAUUUACAAAACAUAUUUUGUAUGCUAUACAUAAUACAUAUAAACAUAUGCUUGCAUAUAUUAGGAAAUAUAUAUAUGUAUGUAUUUUAUUCAUUUAGAUAAUUUUACAUACAUAUUAUAUCUACAUAACAUUUGAGAUAUAACUGAUGAAGAAAUAACAAGAUUGCAAUAUAAUAAAUAUUGAUUAAUAUUACUUCUUUAUCUUCUCUAAAAUUUUGUUAAUUUUUUAUUUUAUAAAUCAAAAAAUGUAUAGUUUUGUGCUUGAAUAAAUUUUUUAUCUUGCUAUUUUA